UCGAGCAGAGCGGCUGGAGCGGGCGAGUCAGAGCCAUCACUCCGCUCUACUCGUCUGGACUAACCCGGGCUAACUUUAGCUACAUGUGCUGAGGUCGAGGGACAAACUGAGCUCAACCGCAACAAUGCCGACAGUUACUUUACCGCCGAAAGAGAACGCGCUCUUUAAAAGGAUUUUGCGAUGUUACGAACACAAACAGUACAGAAACGGACUGAAGUUCUGCAAACAAAUCCUAUCCAACCCCAAAUUUGCAGAACAUGGAGAGACACUUGCAAUGAAGGGCUUGACCCUGAACUGUCUGGGGAAGAAGGAGGAGGCCUAUGACCUGGUGAGGAGAGGCCUGCGCAACGACCUCAGGAGCCAUGUCUGCUGGCAUGUUUACGGCUUACUGCAGCGUUCAGAUAAGAAGUACGAUGAAGCCAUCAAGUGUUACCGCAACGCUCUGAAGUGGGACAAAGACAACCUGCAGAUCCUCAGAGACCUUUCCCUGCUUCAGAUCCAGAUGCGAGACCUGGAGGGCUACAGGGAGACACGCUACCAGCUGCUGCAGCUGCGUCCAGCACAGAGGGCCUCCUGGAUCGGCUAUGCCAUCGCAUAUCACCUCCUGGAGGACUAUGAGAUGGCUGCUAAGAUCAUUGAAGAGUUUAGGAAAACACAACAGACGUCUCCAGACAAAGUGGACUAUGAAUACAGUGAAUUGCUGCUGUACCAGAACCAGGUGCUGAGGGAGGCAGGCCUGUAUAAAGAGGCGCUGGAGCAUCUGUCCAACUACGAGAAGCAGAUCUGUGACAAACUGGCUGUGGAGGAGACACGAGGAGAGAUACUGUUAAAAUUGGAGCGUCUGGACGAGGCAACUGAAGUUUACCGCCGUCUGCAGGAGAGGAACCCGGAGAACUGGUCCUAUUACCGUGGCUUGGAAAAUGCACUAAAACCAAACAGUGUGGAGGAGAGACACAAGAUCUAUGAGGACGCCUGGGAGAAGUUUCCCAGAGGCCUGGUUCCUCGUCGGCUGCCCCUCACCUUCCUCUCUGGUGAGAAGUUCAGAGAGUGUCUGGACAGAUAUUUAAGGAUGAACUUCAGUAAAGGCUGUCCGCCUGUCUUCACCACUCUCAAAUCACUGUACAACGACAAAGAAAAGGUGUCAAUAAUCGAGGAUUUGGUGGUCGGCUAUGAAACCACAUUAAAAAGUUGUAGAAUGUUCAACCAGAAUGAUGACGGGAAAGAGGAACCACCGACCACUUUGCUCUGGGUGCAGUACUUCCUGGCGCAGCACUUCGACAUGAUUGGCCAACAGACACUGUCCCUAGAAUACAUCAACGCAGCCAUUGAGAGUACACCUACACUCAUCGAACUCUUCCUAAUCAAAGCCAAGAUUUACAAGCAUGCUGGGAACAUCAAGGAGGCUGCUCAGUGGAUGGAUGAGGCCCAGGCUCUGGACACAGCUGACAGAUUUAUCAACUCCAAGUGUGCCAAGUACAUGCUGAAGGCUGGCAUGAUCAAGGAGGCGGAAGAAAUGUGCUCCAAGUUCACACGGGAGGGAGCGUCAGCAGUGGAGAACCUCAACGAGAUGCAGUGUAUGUGGUUCCAGACAGAGUGUGCACUCGCAUACAAGGGCAUGAACAAGUUUGGUGAUGCCCUGAAGAAGUGCCAUGAAAUUGAACGGCAUUUUGUGGAGAUAACAGACGACCAGUUUGACUUCCACACCUACUGCAUGAGGAAAAUGACGCUACGCUCCUACGUGGACCUGCUUAAGCUAGAGGACGUGCUCCGGAUGCAUCCCUUCUACUACAAGGCGGCCAUCACGGCCAUACAGAUCUACCUGAGCCUCCACGACAAUCCCCUGACGGAUGACAGCAAGGAGCUGCAGGCAGACACUGCUAAUCUUUCGGACAAAGAGCUGAAGAAGUUGAGGAACAAGCAGAGGAGGGCCCAGAAGAAGGCCCAGCUGGAGGAGGAGAAGAAGAAUGCAGAGAAGGAGAAGCAGCUCAAGAACCAGAAGAAGAAGAAGGAGGAUGAUGACGAGGAGAUCGGAGGUCCCAAGGAAGAGCUAAUUCCUGACAAACUGGUCAAGGUAGAAAAUCCACUGGAAGAAGCAGUCAAGUUCUUGAUGCCUCUAAAACAUCUGGUCAAGGACAAAAUCGACACACACCUACUGGCCUUUGAGAUCUACUUCAGGAAAGAAAAAUACCUGUUAAUGCUCCAGUCGGUGAAGGGAGCGUUGGCCAUCGACGCAGAUCACCCGUGGUUACACCAGUGUCUUGUUCGCUUCUUUAAAGGAGUCUCAGAGAGUAAGGAGCUGCCGGAGGUGGUCAGGACGGUGCUGAAGCAGGAGAUCGCCCGGCUGUUUGGGGACAGCAACGCAAAGAGCUUUAACCAGGCCUACCUCACCAAGCACUCAAACUCCAUACCACAUCGACUUGCUGCUGCUAAGAUGAUGGUGUAUCUGGACUCAUCGACAGAAACAAAGGCAGCAGAACUGGCAACUUCACUAGAUGAGUCACUCAACAACAGAACAAUACAGAUCUGCACAGAGGUCCUGGAGUGUCUUCGGAGCGGCCUCCUGGGCGAUUUUAAGGACCGCGCUGAGUCGUACCGCACUGAGUGUCACAAGCUUUAUCCCUACACGUUAGCGUUCACGCCCCCAGGAUACGAGGAGAACACCAAGAUCGCCAAUGGAGAUGUUUCUACAGAAACAGAGGAGAUGGCAAAUGAGAUGUGAGCAGGACAGAACAACAGUGGAUGAGGAAAAAGGAACGGGGCCGAGCAUGAAGCCUUGUGGUACGCCUGGCAGCCAUUUUGUAGAGCCAGACAUGGGAAGCGAGAAAGGGUGUUUCGGUCUUUGGCUCAGCUUAAUCGGGUCUGACUUGGCAUGGCUUGGCUCUCUCCCACAUGGUGAAAAUCAGGACUGUGCGUUUGUGUGUGAGUGUGUGUGUGUAUGUGUGUGUGUGUAGAGAGCAUGUAUGAUGUUGUGUAUAUUGUGGGAAAGAGGGGGGGAAAGAGGAAGACAACCGAAUGGCCAUUUAACUUUUUUAAUAGAGCUGAAAACUAUGCUCAAUCGGAAAAUAAACAGUAAUUAUUGGCAAACUGUUGGGAGAAACUGUGACAGACUGACACAGACGUUUGGUUUCUUCAAAUACGAUCAACAAUGGUGACAGCAACCACUCGGGUUUGACUCUGUGCUGCCCCAACACACGUCUAUCACAUACUGUGUUCCUCUCAUUUUAAAAUGUUAAUUUAAAUAAAGUAGGACACCGCUGUCCCGGGGGAACUGGAGACUGAGCUGAGUGGAUCUGACCUGCCACAGAUCUGAAGGAAGCUGAGCAGGAAGAGUUACCGAGGACCCUGAAGCAGACACCGAAGACAUCCAGUAACCACAGGUGUUUCUGCAUUUGCUGUUGCUCUAUUGAACCAAUUAUCUACAUGUGACAUCACCAGAGUGUGUGAGGAAGAGGCCAAUCCUCAUAUGUUACCAGUUGUUUUUUUUUAUCAAACUGUGCUUCCCUCACAGCUCCCAGCUUAGCUUGGGAAUAUGUUAUCCUUUGUCUGUAAUAUUGGAGCACCUUGUAGCACAGAUUAAAAACUGUAAAAGUUGUGUAUUGGGCUCCAUUUCAAAUACACUGUUUCUCUUAACAUUUUACAUAGUUCUGAGAAAGUUGGAUAGAUCCAAGCAAUACCAUAGAUACCUUCCUCUCCAAUGGAUCAAUAAAACUUGAUGAUUAUAAUUUCUAGAUCUGGUUGAAGUGGUGACACCGAGCCUUCUGGCAGAGCAUUUGUGUUGUUGCUGUUGUCACUGCUAGAGAUGGUUUCAUCUGCAUGUAACAGAGUCUAAUAUUGGAGUUGAAAAAGCUUCCAGGACACCUCACUCCUACAGCUCCUCUUGGUUUAAUAAAAAUGGCUCCUAAAGGUCAGAGUUCAGGCUCCAGGGACGUUAACCCGGAGUAGGAAGAAGUUUCAAGGAGAGUAAACAUACAAGAAGUUGGAAUUUGUCAUUUUACUUUCUCUGUUCCCCCUUUUUUUUCUCCAGCAAUCUCUUUUCUUCCCUUUUUCCUCUAAUUUGGGUUCUAAUGUGAAAGAUGAAAUCUGAGAUGGCGAUGUAAGAUAUCUCUGGAUUUUUGUAUUAAAACUAAACAAAAGAAAACAA